AUGGACAAAAAUAGUGUUAAAAACUCAUUGAUAGAGGUAAUAUUGGAUGAGCAUAGUAUACACAGUAACAAAGAGUACUUAGACCUGGUGAAAAAGUAUCAGUUGUUAAUAAUGAAAUACAACAAUGUGAUUAAAACCUCCUCAAACGUUUUCACAAAAAUGCAGACUCAAUUAGAAAAUCUUAAAAGACAGAGCAUUUACACCAGGCUUCCAACACAAGAGUGCAGACCAACAUACGAGUGCAGAAGGUGUGAUAGCACAGUGAUAUCUAAAGGCGCCCAAAAUCAUAAAGAUGCUAGGUUGUUACAAAUGGAUGCUAUUUCUGAUGAUUAA